AUGAAUGGAUCAACGCACAAUUGUGUUCACAACAGAUUUUAUGACCCAGACUCGCCAUCAAAUGUCUUUGACUAUUCUCAACUUGCACAUUUUGUCUUUCCCAAGUGUAAGGAAUCCUCGAACCCAUUGGCCAUGAGUGAUUCUUCAAUAACUGCUCCCCUUGAAGAAGAAGAAGUAGAAUGGAUUUCUUGUGAAGAAGAAAUGAAAGAAGACUUCUUAAGAACAUCCAUCAUGAUUGAGGAGGAGGACGACCAUCCAUCUGUCCUUCACUUCUUGGAAUUGGAUUUCUCAACAACCUUGGAUGAGAACCACAAUAACAUGAACCGAAUCAUGGAAAAUGUCCCAGAAGAAACAACUCUCUGUUUGGAUGCUUCCUCAUCGAUACUCACAACGACUCUACCAUCAACAACAACAACAACAACAACCACCACCACAAUACCUAACAGCAGUGCUGUCAAGAGGAUGACCAUGAAUGAACAAGACAAUUUCUCUCAACAACGUUCGUGUUCACAACAACGUUUCUUUGAGACGACGACUCCCUCCUCUGAGUGGACGUGUUGUGUCUCUCUCCUUAUCACCACUCUGUUGCAAAGGACGAUCAAGCAAACUCUCCUCACGGUAUCCAUUGCAAUCUUAUCCAUGCUCAUACUCUCGAUUGUGAAAGAACACUCCAAACGAAAGGACUCUCUUGAAAGAGUAGAAACUAAUCGACUUCUGAACGAUGAGAUGAUUCUUGUUGAGAAACAAGUAGGGAUCAAAGAAAUUACAAAAGAUGUUAAAUUCACCUCAAUAAUGUCGAGUUUGACAAUGGCAGUGAAUGUUUCAGGAAUAUUCGUAUGA